CCCAUGAUGCAUAUUCGGUCGUGCUAGUACGCAAAGGACAGACGUGUAAACGACGACAUGAAUAAUUUUUCCAUAACAGCAUUCAUAUUUCUCGGUGUUUUCACUUUAUCUUUUCUUCAAUUUCUCGCUCCUGUCGAAGCUGAUGAUUCUGUGUGCUCCAAAUAUAGCAAUGGAACUUGCCAAGACUGUGUGAAGAAUGACGGAUAUGGGGAAACUUCAAUCCCUCAAUAUUGCCCCAAAUGGAUUGAAACUUCACAGGGAAUUAAAUAUCAACUCCGCAAACUGGUUAGAAAGUGUUACUACUGUGUGCCAACAAAGAAAUGUGCCUCUGGGGUUGUCAAGGCAACACUCCAUGCUUCCUGCAAAGAUAACCAAUGGAAAGUCGGCCAGUGUGUUUUCACUGGGAAAAUCUUAUUGAUUGUUCUUCCAACACUUGGUGGUGUGAUAUUGAUUGCAUUAUGCUGCUGCAUUUAUUGCUGUUGCUGCAGGAAAAAGAAGAGAGGGUCUAAAAAGGAGGACAAGCAAGAAGCCAAAUGGAGGCGUCAGAGAGAAGACAUUAAAAUUAAGCACUCAGAGAGGCGUGCUGAGAGGCAACAGAAAUAUGAUGAAAUUAGGAAGAAAUAUGGUCUGAACCGCAAGAAUGGUGAUGAAGGGGAUGGCAAGUACCACCAGUUUACCAAUGAAGUUUAAGAGUUUAAAGAAACCUCACAUUAGACAAUUAUAAGUGUUAGGAGGAGUCUCAGAAUGUACAGUUAUCUAGAUCAGAUUUUUCUAUAGUAAGUUAUGUUUAAGCUAUUAUGCACUUUAUAGCUAUUUGACUCAGUAACACAACAAACAAAACUGAAUGUUGAAGCUUUCUCCAACUUAUGUCAAAAUCUAUUUAGAUUUUUCUUAGAUUACUGAUAACUAAUUCUUGUUUUCCAAAUCAAUAUUUCAAUCAAUCUUAUCAGAUCAGCUGUGUUGUACCUUGGUACCAGAGCAUCAAACAUCUUCCAAGGUUACAUAUGUUUACAAAGAGCAUAUAAUCAUGUUUGGGCUACAAUGUGUUUAAAUUUGGAGUUAUUUAAGGCUCUGAAACCAAGCUAUGGGUAUUUUUGUCACAAAUAAUAAUAGAAGCAAAAUUAUUUCAAAUAUUUUUCUUGCUACCUGGAAAUUACCACAUUUUCCUUCAAAUAUAACAUUACUCAAAUGAUCAAAAAGUGGUUGAUCUAUUGUGAUUUAAACACCAGAUCAGGAUAGUUCCAUUAGCAUCCUCUGUCAACCUCGCUUUAGGAAAAAUCUUGAGAAAAUACAGUGAAUGUAUCAGAAGUACAAAGAUCGUUAACGCGGGAGAAAACAGUAAAUGUAUGGAUAUUUUCAAAAAAUUAGGCCUGAGAAAAGUUUCAAAAUCUUGAGUUGACAGCCAUGCAUUAUUUACAUGUAUUUGGACAACACUCUGUAAAAAAUGUUAGAAACAUGUUUUCAAUUUGUGAUAUUUCCUGAAUUUCUAUAGCAGCCAAUCAAAAGCUUCGAAAGUCAAAAUGUAAAUAUUUUUCUUUAACCUCAAGACUCAAGGGAAUGGAAUUCUGCUUUGUAUAACAGCUUUUGCUGGGUUUCUGUAAAUGAUACCUUUCAAUCCAAUUUUCAUUGCAAAUGGAUAAUGAUUGUGAAACAUUUCUUGUUGAUUAGGAUCCACAGUAUGUACUCAUAUUGCAUUAUUUUUAAGAGAAAUGAUUUAAGUAUGAAUUUUGUAUUUUAAAACAAAAAACAAUUUAAUAUUGAUUUCAUUUAUCACUGCUGGAGCAGAGAUAGGCAGAGGAAUGAUGAUGAUGUAGAUAUAAAUUUUUGACACUCUUCAUUAUUGUUACUCCGUUCCCACACUGCAUAAGGCCAAUGUAUUGAUUAUGAAUACAUUUUAAAUUAAAUCAACUUAGCAUAGACUUUA